CUUAACAAGCUAAGGGACUACAAAACUAUAUAUAAAAGGGAAGCAUUCUCCAUAGACAUCCGCACAUCGCAGAGAUAUAUACAGACCAGAUCAGAUCAGAGAAAGAAAAAUGGCAGAUUUGUUCCUAAAGCAAGGGAAGCAAUACUUUGAGGGAAGACCCACCUACCCACACCAACUGUUGGAUUUCAUAGCCUCAAAAACACCUUGCCAUGACCUUGUCUGGGAUGUUGGCACCGGCAGCGGUCAGGCUGCUGUGUCUUUAGCUGAGAAGUACAAGAAUGUGGUGGGCACAGACACAAGCCCAAAUCAACUCCAGUUUGCACCAAACCUCCCUAAUGUCCGCUUCAUCUGUACUCCUCCCAACAUGUCACUUGCCGAGGUAGAAACCAAAGUAGCAGAAGAAUCAAGUGUUGAUUUGGUGACAAUUGCUCAAGCCAUGCACUGGUUUGAUCUCCCAACCUUCUACCAGCAAGUCAAAUGGGUACUCAAGAAACCGGGCGGAGUUAUCGCAGCCUGGUGCUACUAUUUCCCAGAGGUCAGCACUUCAGUGGACUCCAUUUUCCUGAGAUAUUACACUACAAAUCAGCACUUUUGGGAGCCUGGAAGAAAGCUGGUGGACCAGAAGUAUAUGACCAUUGAUUUCCCGUUUGAUCCAGUGGAUGGGUGUGAGCACAACGGGCCCUAUGAAUUCAAGGCACACAAAUUGAUGGACUUGGAGAGCUAUUUCGCAUUCAUAAGGUCAUCUUCCGGAUACCAGACUGCAAAACUCAAGGGUGUAGAGAUUCUGAGCAGUGAUCUGGUUCAAGAUUUCACUCGAGCUUGGAAUGAAGAUGGCAAAAGCCAGAAGAUUGUUGCAUUUCCUAUUUAUCUUAGGAUUGGGAAAGUUGGGAUUUUAGAUUGAAUUAAAGGUUUUUGAUCCAGAGAAUUGUUUUCCUUUAACUUUGGCUUUGAAUAAUGGUCACAUUCAUCCUAAAUUUUGAUUAUUCAGCAACUUAAUGUGACAAACUUAGGUGAGAUGUCACUGGAAGGAUAUAAUAUUAUUAAUAAAUCUAUUAUCAAUUUCAAUUUGCA